UCUUUAAUCAUCGCCGCCGCUGCCUCCCGUCGCCGUGUGAGGAGAAAUGGCUGCAGCUCUGUCCCGUGCCCUCAAACUGCCCGGGAAGAAGGGCUCGGACCUCGGGGAGUACGACCCUCUCACCCAAGCAGACAGCGAGGACGAAAGCGAAGAGGAUGACCUCGUGCUUAACUACCCCCGAAACGGCCUCGGCAGGGACUGCCUGGGCACGGGCUCCUCGAAACUGCGGGGCGGCCGAUCCGGGAGGCUCGUGGGAGCCGAAGACGAGGCGCAGGAGGACGAGGAGGAAGAGGAGGACGAGUGGAGGGAACGACUCCCCAGCAGAUCCAGGCAGGACAGAGACGACAUGAAGGGCAUGCAGUACUGGAGCCACAGGGACUCUGGCAGGGACAGAUCCGGGGAGGACAGAGGGGGGUCUGGAUCACUGGGGGGUUCUGGGCUGGGGGUUCACAGCGCUGAGGCGGAAGAAAAGAGGAUAAGGAUGAAGAACGCCGUCCGGAGCGCGUUCUUUCUGGUGCCGCUGCUCUGUGCCACAUUGCUCGUGCUGCUGUGUGCGUUCCUGAUACCGUGCCAGAAAGAAGAUCUGGAAGAGAGGAUGCAGUGGGAGAGAGCGCUGGGAGAUGCAGGAGGUGUCACUCCGCCGGCGCUUGCGUUGUGGGAUAUCGACGGUGAUUCAGUGGAGGACGUGCUCCUGGGUGUUACUGAAUGGACCAAUGACACGCAUCCGACCCAAGGGAACAAAAUCUACAGUGCGGUGGCCCUGUCUGCAGUCAGCGGGCAGGUGCUGUGGAGGAAAGUCAUGCGGGAGUCUGUGAUGUACAUCCAGUGUGGACUGCAGUACAGCGCCCAGCCGUCACCCGUGGUCCUCCUCAUCGGAAAAUCUGUCAUCAUCGCAGUCAACGGCAGCUCAGGGGAGAACCUGUGGUCGCUCGUACUUAAGAACAUUGAAUCCCAGGCCGUGUUACUUCCAGACCUCCAGGGAGACUCAGUCCCAGAUCUGCUGAUAGCCACCCUGCCUGCAGACGAGGCUUUGGAUCUGUCCCUGACCUUGAUCUCUGGGGUGAAGGGGGUGAAGAUCGGACAUCCCGUGCCCUUCAACCUCACCGGACAAGGAAAGCUGAUCGGUCCUCUGCUGCACGAGACACAACAAGGGGCGUAUUACAUCCUCUUUGGACUCGGUAACGUAGAGGCCAUCUCCCUGCACGAUAUCUACGUCCGUGCCACCGGCAAAAUGCCAAUAACUCAGGCGCUACGAAGGAAGGAUCCAAGCUGGGAGGCGCUGAAGAAAACCAAUUCCUCCUCCUUCAUACACAUUUACAGGGGAUCUGAACGCGUAGAGUACCUGCUCCCUCUUGUGUCUGGUUUUGGCAACAACCACAACUGCCUGGACACCGUUUCCAACCUCAACGCCACCAAAAGCGACUUGGUGUUGAUGUACGGCUCCAGCAAACUGUCGGCGCUCAAACAGAAGGACAUGCAUAAAAAAUGGACCUUCAACUCGCCUCCCAUUCACAGCCAACCAGCCCCGGGACACUUUAAUGAUGACGGAGUUCUGGAUCUUUUCAUUCAGCAUUCAGCAAACGGUGUCAUGCAGGCACUGAUCAUCAAUGGGACAAACGGGCAUAAACUGUGGACGGCAGACUUCGUGUGUCCUCGUCUUGUUUUGGAAACUUCAGCGAUCUCCACCUCGACCGGCCAGUCGGUGUUCCUCUUCUGGGCCAGCGAACCCAUCAGAGCGCAGAAGAACGUUACCAAGACAACCGUGGCACCGGGCAUUGCUGCAGCUCAGCCGCUCAUAAGAAAACUUUUCCUGUUGCACCCCGCGUAUCCCUCAAUCCUUCUGGAGCUCACCAGUACCACAGACACCGCAGUCACCUCUGCAGUGAGCUACCAGGAGCGGCAGAAAGACGCCACCUACAUCACCGUAUCCUCCCGACCCACACUUGACUCGGAGCCGGGCGCUCGCAUAGUCAAGAGCAUGAGCCUCAGAGCCGCUAUCGCCAAAGGACAAAUAGUGAGAUUAAAGGAGAGCGACAAGGCCGGGGAGCCCGUCAAAUCCAGCACGUCAGAGGUCAAGAAGUUCUUCAGGCGUCUGUCCUUUAAACACCAGUGAUGAGCCACCACUGCUGCCACACUCUGUGUCAUAGGACGCGGUACAAACUGGAAGGACUCAC